UGUAGGUGCUGUAUCUCAGCCAGUGAUCUCUGUUUUAUCUUGUAUCUGUAGGUGCUGUAUCUCAGCCAGUGAUCUCUGUUUUAUCUGGUAUCUGUGUAGGUGCUGUAUCUCAGCCAGUGAUCUCUGUGUUAUCUUGUAUCUGUGUAGGUGCUGUAUCUCAGCCAGUGAUCUCUAUUAAUGGAACCAAAGACUGGGGGGUGGUCCUGAAGUGUGACUCCGGAGGCUGGUACCCACAGCCUGAGCUUGAGUGGUUGGACAGUCAUGGAAACGUCCUCUCUGCUACUGAACCCACUGAGACAAGCAACUCAACAGAGACCGAGAUGAACCCUGAGGGUCGCUACACCGUGAGACGAUAUGUCACCAUCCGGAACACUGACAACAACAGGUUCACCUGUAGAGUUGUACAGCCGCAGAUCAACCAGACAAGGGAGACACAGAUUCAUGUCCCAGACGAUAUGUUUCCUAGCGUGUGGUGGAUUGUUGGUAUAAUAAUACCAGCUGUAGCAGCCAUUGUAGCUGUUGUUGUGCUGUUGUACUUUCGCAGAAAACAACGUCAUAAACUCAAGAAAGAAGUGAAAAAAAAUCUAGAUCUUCAGACUAAGCUGGAUACAGAGGAGAGCAUUAGACAGCAUGUAGAGGAGAAGGUUGUCGGGUUUUUGGAUGCGCGCAGGCCGAAGCUCGUUGACAAUGUUACCAAGGUGAUGCCAUUAGCAGACGCCCUGAGGCCCAUGAUCCAACAACAGGAUUACUUUGAUAUCUGUGCUGCUGGGACCAGCGUGGAGAAGAUGAGGCUUCUGUUCACGGCCGUAGAUUCAGGCGGGGAAAAGGUGAAAUCAGCCUUUUACAAGAGUCUGAUGAGAGAAGAACCUGAUUUAGUCCUAGACAUACUGAAAGCAGAACCUGAUCGAGUCAUAAACCUACUGGGUGAAGAACUGGGUAUAUCUCCAAAAACAAAUGUUGUUGAUGAUGAUCCACCUGAUGAGUCUGGGAGUAACAGAGUUGAAAUGAUGGAGAUGCAACCUUUACUGGGUCCUGGAUCAGAGACGGAGAGAGGAGGAAGACAGGCUGUUUAUGCUCUAGAAGACCAGGAGAGAGAGGAGGGAAGACAGGCUGUUGAUGCUCUAGAAGACCAGGAGAGAGAGGAGGGAAGACAGGCUGUUGAUGCUCCAGGAGAGAGAGGAGGGAAGACAGGCUGUUGA